GAAACUAACUUCACCGCAGUGUCUUUUGUCCAAAACAGAGGGAGCUUCAGUGACAGAAGGAGAAGAAGAAGGAGAAGAAGAGUUUGUUUGACCCUUAAGUCUCUGGACAGAGAAAUCUCUUAGUCUGGUUUAUCACUGUAAACAAGGACUUCGGGGAAGCGGAGGAGAUGUUUUCCACAGCUACCAGAAACUUUGUGGAUGAGGUGGAUCAUAAAGGUUUGCUGAUCCCAGUGUCCAGCCUGAAUGACUCCAUCUAUGUCCUGUCUGUAGUGGUGAAGCGCAAACGUUUCUGGUUCUGGCAGAGGCCAAAAUAUCUUCCCACUGAUUUUAUUUUCAAUGAUAUACUAACAGGAGAGACACUUAUAAAGCCAGUUACAUCAGAGACAGACUUCCUCAAAUAUAUUGGAACAUAUGGUGACAACAUUCAAGGAGGGAUGGACGUAAAUUUAGUCAGCUCCAGUGUGAGCCUGCAGGGUAAAGACUCUUUUAAACUGCAGUCGUCCUUUGGAGGUUUGAAAAAAGAGGAGGUGAACAUGCAGAGGUUGCUGCAAGACUCCAAAAGCAGAGUCCUGGACAUGUCCCACUCCCUGAUCCAGCAGACAAAGGAGAAACCCCGACAGGUGUUAGGGAUUGUGAAGGAGCGUAUCGUGACCACAACACCCUGUUCAGUCAUAGAGGAGGUGCAGCAAGGUGGCCAAUGUGGAGCAGGGUGGACUUUGUACUGGCCCAAGACCACUAAGCAGGUUUCAUUAAAAGAGAACGAGAGCCUGAGUAAAGACACUAAUGUUACCAUGGAGAUUCCCACUAAUACUACCAUUGCCUAUGCCCUCAUAGAACUAGAGAUCAAACAUGAUGGAUGCUAUGAGUUGUGUCUGAUGUCAAAUAUAACUGGAGGUUUUGAAGUUGACGGCCCUACCAAGAAAAAACUGUCAGGGGUGUCAGGAGCUCCGACACACACUGCUGAAAAUAAUCACCUUCAACAAGACCUGGAGCAACUUCAUGAUCAUUUCCAGCUGCUUUCUUCUCUUCCUAUGGCCACAAGAUCCUCUCUGCUCCAGCAGCUUACAAACAUGAUGCAGGACCCAGCUGCCGUCAGUGCACUUCAGAACGUGUUGGACGAGAUGUGUUUCGACAACAACAGUCCUGUGCUGGAUGACGUUAAAGCAACAGAACCUCCAAAACAGAACAUCCAAGCAAUUCUGGACCUUGUUAAACAGUGUGAACAAGUGGAGUCAGCUAAGACCACAUCGGUCCUCAAAGCCCUACACCUCAUUAGCAGUGCUUUGGAUGAGUUGACAAAUGAUUGCCUUGCAGUCUUGGGAAUGUGCUGCAGCCACUCAGUGUUACAGACAAUGGAGCUAUUGGUACAGUGUGUAUCAGGAAAAGGAGAGUUACUGCUCGGCAGUGCAGACCUGCUGACGGAGGACGUCUAUGAACAGGCUGCACAUCUGUUUGCCUCUUCUAAUGUGUCCCUUGGGAGAGACGGGGACACAGUGAGGACAGAAAUAAACCCAGAACCGGGACACCUUCCUCUGGUCCUGUGUAUCGCUGUCCGAGGUCUCGCCUCACUGGCCCCUCUGUGUUUGAGCUGAAGAUGACUUUAUAACCACCAGCAACAUCAGAUAAUCAGAUACCACACUGAUGAGGUGAGAUAUCCAUGAGACUCUCUCACACCACUGUCCCCCAAAGACAUGAAGGACUCAUUAGCCCUGUUUUAUAUGCCAACAACAAACCUCACUGUAAAAAAACAUGCACAAAUGUGUAUUUUUCUCUGAUGCAAAAAUAAAAACAUGACUUUAUCAACACUUGUUGUGAUGAAGCAGCUUGGUAACAUA